AUGCACCUAUACGCACUAACUCUACAGAAAGCAUCUGCCAUCAACCAUGCCAUUCAUGGAAAUUUCUCUGGCUCCAAGCAACAGGAAAUUGUCAUCUCAAGGGGAAAAAUCAUAGAACUCUUGCGUCCUGAUCCCAACACUGGCAAAGUAUUUCCUUUGUUGGCCAUGGAAAUGUUUGGUGUGAUCCGAGAUCUGAUUGCGUUCAGGCUAACUGGUGGUUCAAAGGGUAAGCUAUAGUGAAGAACUCAUGAUGAGACAUAAGGAAAGACAGCAGCAAAAUAGCAUCUCUUGUCUUUCAACACCCUUCACACAUUAUAGCUUGAAUGUCAGUGAAAUAAGUUAUAUCUUUGUACUGGUGUAAAAGUCAACUUGUAGUAACUGGUGUGCCUAGGGAAGGGUGGUUUUUAUAUAAUAAAAUUUCCUCUUAUUAGCUAUACUCAUAGGAAGUUACACUUUACAAUGUGCUUGUAAAUUUUGACUAAUGUUUGCAAUUGUUUUUCAGAUUAUGUGGUGGUUGGAAGUGAUUCUGGACGUAUCGUUAUCUUAGAGUACAUUCCAUCAAAAAACACUUUUGAAAAGGUAGCAUAAAAGAUGUAGUAAAUGAAGUACAUAAUUAUAUUUUAUGUAUUGUGAGAGACAGUCAAAUAAUAAAAUUUCCACAAUGUUAAAUUUAAAUGUCAAAACAUUUCUUCAGUAAAGGAAACACAUUUACCUGUACCAAAUAUUGUGUUUGGAGAAUAGCCAGGGUUGGAUUUAAGAAAACAUUAAAUGCUUUAAUGACCUGCACACUUUCUUCUGAAAAUUUCUGUGCUAGUGUCCUGCACAGUAGUACAUGUACAUUAAAACUCCUUUGGGUUUGCUGAAUUUUAUCAUCUUAAUCUUCAGGUUCAUCAAGAGACAUUUGGGAAAAGUGGAUGUCGACGCAUUGUCCCUGGCCAGUAUUUAGCUGUUGAUCCCAAAGGACGUGCUAUCAUGAUUGGUAUACUUAUUAACCUUUUUUGUAUGAAGGGUUUCAUUUAUCAUUUGUCUCAUGAUUGUCACUUACAUAUUGAUCACAUUAUUUUGGCUGCAUACUGCAGGUCUUCAUAGUGUUGAUUUACUGAGUAGGACUAUUAGUACCACCGUGGUUGUUAGUGUUUGGUGGAUCAUGAACCUCACUCAUGGUUAGCAAUUUUCAAUCCAAAGCAUUACUCGCAUUAUCAGAGGAGGGAAAUGUUCGCUCAGCAGUCUGCUGAUCAUGGACAUCCACACUUCAGGAAUCUCAAUUCUCAAAUCUCAUAUCUUAAUGCACACUUUCAAACUAUGAUUUAUUCCAAUGCAUGUAUCAAUAUUGUGUUUUAGGCUUUAGUUUUUCAAUAUUUGGCACAGUAAUGAGUCAUGAACACUAAAGUUGUCAACAGCAGAACAAGACAGUUGAAAUAAUAAGAACUUGUUGUAAAAGUUUCUGUCACUUCCAGUGGUGAAUUAUGUAACAUUCUGCCAGCAAUUGUUUUUUACUAAACAUGCAAUAUUACUAAACAUGCAAUAUGGUAAAUUGAAAUUUUCAGGUGCUGUGGAGAAACAGAAGUUGGUUUACAUCUUGAAUCGAGACGCUGCUGCUCGACUUACCAUAUCAUCUCCUCUUGAAGCACACAAGUCACAUACUUUAGUCUAUCAUACUGUAGGAGUUGAUGUUGGCUUUGAAAAUCCAAUGUUUGCCUGCUUGGAAAUGGAUUAUGAGGUAAAUGAUGAGCUAUAUCAAUGAUAAUGAGAUAACUUACAGUCGCCUCCCGAUAAGUCGAACCUUUUUUCGAUUUCCUUUGAAGGUUCAAAUUAUCGGGAGUCCACUGUAUGUUGUUUUUGAGUCUUCAAGCAAAAUCCUUUGGUGUGAUCAUUCAAAUGGAACUUCUCAGCCAUACUUUUGUGAUGUUACUUGCUCCUUUGUUAGUUUUUAUUUUAUUACAAAAUAAUAGUUCAUGAGUUAAUAGAAAUUUGAGUCUUGAGCCUGAAGUGUAAAGCAUAAACUGUACAUCUGCACAAUAUUGUGUAUUAUUGUGUUGCUGCAGCAAAAUUUCGUAGCAUGUCUCCUUUUUCUUUUCCUCCAUCUACCCCUUUUAAAGCAAAAAGCAUAGCCUGAGAAAACAGCCUCCUUUUCAUGAAACCACUACUGAUUUCCCCGCUAAAUUAAGUUGGAGGAAUGACUGUAGAAAUACUGAUGAUGUGUCACUACCUAGAUCUAGAUAGUGCUUUCGAUUGACUGAAGAAAAUUUCCUUUUUGGCAUGACUGAUGAGAUGCACUUCUCAGAUCUGGGUAGUGUUACAUCAUCGGUAUGGAAUUUCUGCAGUAGUCUCUCAGGUGUCAUUUUGUGCGGAAACCACUGAUAAUUAUUGUGUUUUUCCUUGAACCAUGUAAUUACCAGUUUAAUAAUACUCUGAACAUUGUCUAUCAUCUUAUAUGUUAUCACGUCUCUGUUUAGGAUGCUGAUUCAGAUCCAACUGGAGAAGCUGUCCAUACAACUCAACAAACACUGACAUUUUAUGAACUGGACCUGGGAUUGAACCAUGUGGUGCGCAAGUACAGUGAACCUCUUGAGGAACAUGGAAACUUACUGAUUUCCGUCCCUGGUGGAAAUGAUGGCCCCAGUGGAGUGUUAGUCUGUUCAGAAAACUACAUCACUUAUAAGAAUUUUGGAGAUCAGCCUGAUAUCCGCAUGCCCAUCCCACGUCGAAAGGUUCGUAAAAUUAGUAUUGUUAAAUUUGCAUCUGUCAAAUCAUAUUUUGUAAUGUUCUGUUUCUAGCACUGAAGAAUUAUUUUAACUGUAGAAGCCAGUGAAAUGUGUAGUCAGUUGUAAUAAUCUAUGAGUUUAUGAAUGUGGAAAACAAAAAGUGGUACCUGAGCUUCACUUACCUGGUAAAUAAAAUAAUUAUUAUUUUAUUUUUAUUUAUUUGAAGAAUACACUUUGAAUUUAUAUCAUUAUCUGUGUGUACUUGACGAUAAUAAUAAUAAUUAUAUUAUUGUAUUGCUUUAAACUCAAUUUUAGUAUGAUCUUGAUGACCCAGAACGUGGAAUGAUUUUUGUGUGUGGUGCUACUCACAAAACAAAGGUAACUGAUGAGCCUCAAAUUUAUUCUUGCAAUAUCAAUGCUAUUUAAAGCAGAUUGAGGACAAGAAUUAAGGACAUGAUCACAAAACAAGUUGGUACUUCAACAAAUUGUCCCCACUACAUCAGUAGAAAAUGUGCAAGGGCACCAAAUGAGAAUUUAUCUUUUGAUAUGAGGGGUUAAGGAGUAAAUGUCAGUAUAGGUUGCCAUGAUGGACACUCUUUACAGUGCUAUGAUGGGCAAAGCUCAUUAAAAUCAUGGUAACAAUUUGCUUUAUCUUGUAUGAGUUUUGGAUAUCCAUCAGGCCUUGCACUUCUAACCUCAUUUGUGAAAUUCCCUCAGGUUGCAUUUAUACUUAGUUGUCUGAGCAGCUCGGGAUACUUUAUGCAUGACUAUGUGGACUGUACUAUUCUCAUACAUUUCUUGUUACUUUCUUAUUUGAUUGCGUAAAGAUAGUGUAAGGAGUUUGGGGCUUCUAAAAUGUUACGGGCACAAAUAAUGUGAAAUGUAAUGAGUAUGAUAUCCAUUGAUAACAAAGAUUGCUUCUGUUGUCUUCUUUUUUUCUAGUCUAUGUUUUUCUUUCUGGUGCAAACAGAACAAGGUGACGUAUUUAAAAUCACGAUGGAAGUUGAUGAGGACAUGGUUAGUGCAAUAUUAUUUUUUAAUGUUUACAGAUUUUACAAAAGAAUACUUGCAACACAGAUAUUUUUUACUUUUUCUCGCACAGGUUACUGAAAUCCGCAUGAAGUAUUUUGACACUGUUCCUGUUGCGGCAGCCAUGUGUGUCCUCAAGACUGGCUUUCUUUUUACUGCCUCAGAAUUUGGAAAUCAGUAUGUACUUUUGAUCAACAAAUUAAUAAUUAUUCCAUUUUGUCUAAAUUACAGCCACCAUCCUUCACCUGGAUAUGCAUCUUUUACUGUUUAUAUGUUACCUUUUGUACAUCUAGUUUUCUCAGAUUUUGCAAUUACUUUUAAUUUUAACAGUAAACUGAUGGUUGUAUUUGCCAGACUUUACUGUGGUUGUCGGCUGUAAUAGUCUCUUUUCAGUCUAAUGACAACUGCCCUAAAAAUUCUUAUGCUUAUCUUGCAACCAAUGUUUUAGCUACUUGUAUCAGAUUGCACAUCUUGGUGAUGAUGAUGAUGAGCCUGAGUUUUCCAGUGCAAUGGAGCUGGAAGAGGGGACAACUUUCUUCUUUACUCCCAGAGGCCUCAAGAAUUUGGUGCUUGUAGAUGAACUGGAAAGUUUGGCUCCUGUGAUGUCAUGUCAGGUAUGAGCUUUUAUCUCACUCUCUUCACCAUUUUCGUAAACUGGCUACAUGUAAAAGCAUUAAGGCAGCCUAUUAAAUUUGGUUGUGUGGUAAGCCAUUUAACAUAGCAGUAACUGCUACAUGUAGGAAUGCCAGAUUCAAUCCCACAUACUUGUAUUUUUUUUGUCAGCAACUGCUGCAGUGUAUUUUACAAUCAUGAAAUGCAAGUACCGGUAUUCAUAAAAUAAAGUAGAAUGAAGCAUAUUUUCUACGUCAGCACAUAACCUGCUCCCGAAGUACUGAAAUAAAACAAGGCUAAAAAAGUGCCAGAACUUGAUUGUGAUCUCCUCUUCUAAUUUUACUCCCAAGAUCAAAACCAAUCAAAAGGUCACCUCAAUUAUUUUUGAGUGCAACUGUUGUAACUACAAAGAACUUUUGCCACUUUGUAGAUUGCUGACUUAGCUAAUGAAGACACACCCCAGUUGUAUGCUGCUUGUGGAAGAGGUCCUCGGUCCUCCCUGCGGGUUUUGAGGCAUGGACUUGAGGUACGUGUUGUUCACUUGUUGUUAACCCUUUAAGCCCCAAUAUCCACUUACAAAUUCUCCAAACUGAUCUCCAUAUAUUUCCUUAAAGAAUUAGUUGAGAGAAUUCCAUAACAGAUCAAAGCAUUUUCUCUUUAGUGACCAUUUUAUUAACUCUCAUGACCAUUUCUCUUGACAUUGUAUGGAUAUUGUUAGGAGAAAAUUGAUGUUGAUCACUAUUGGGACUCAAAGGGUUAAGAGAAUUUCUUUAGAUUGACUAAGGUCAUAGUUCAAUUUCCACUCAAACUUGAAUGCUUGUAAGGUAUAUUUUCAAAAGGUUUGUUAUUCAUAAAUAAAUUAAGAUUUGUGAACAAGAGUUGCUUCUUUUUAUGUCGUCCACUAGAGACAUGUUUGCUAAGCACAAUAAUGCUCAUUAGCAUGCAACUAAAGUAAUUUCAUCCUUCAGGUAUCUGAAAUGGCUGUGUCUGAGCUGCCUGGUAAUCCUAAUGCAGUUUGGACAGUAAAAACACACAAACAAGGUUUGAUAAUUACAUUUACAGUGUAACUAUACUUUGAGAUCUAUUUUUGUGGUGCUGUAUUUAAAUCAUUUAAGUGAGCCUUAUUAACCUGUGGUGCUGUUUAUUAUCAACUCUGACACUGCAAAGAGUGGUUCUACAUGUAACUUUUGACUUUGUGGAAUUAAAUGUAUUCCCAAAGUGUAACAAGCAAGUGUGGGUUCUUGUCUGAAGCUUUUGUUUGCGUUCUGUUUACUGUGAUGUACAAUGGUUGUAAUUUUUUAAUUCAGCCAAUUCCUUUUGUGUGGUUAUUCAAGUGAAAGGCAAAUGCUGUUUCGUUUGUAACACUUCUCAGUUUUCUCAAACGUUUCAAUUUCGGGAUGAAACUCCAAGAUUCAAUCAUUUGAAAUCAAGCAUUAUUGUUUAGUGAUCUUGAAAAUUUUUAUAUCUGAAACUUGUCUCUCUGCGCCGUUUGAUCUGGUUUGAGGAUUAUGCACCUUCAUUGUACAGUCCUGGACAUCAAUGCAGUAUUCACAAUUUUCUGUAAUAUCUCGGUACCCUCAUAAAACAGCGUAUCCUUUUUGACAAUAGCUCGCAGUUCUCUCUGUCUCCACCCUCUGCAUUGUUGAAACUCGGAACAAAUUCUGGAUAUUCGCGUCCAGCGUUGUCUGUGGGGCGGGAGAGGGGUUGGGUAUAUGUGAAUUGAAAAAACAAAGCCGCACAAAUGUAAAUAAUUUGUCUCAAGACGUUUGUUCAUGAUUGUAGACCAAUGAGGUAAUUAUUUUGCUGCUUCAUUCCGUAGAUGAGUUUGACUCGUAUAUUGUGGUGUCCUUCAUUAACGCUACUUUGGUGUUGUCUAUUGGAGAAACAGUUGAAGAAGUGACUGACAGCGGUUUUCUAGGUACCACUCCCACUCUGUCCUGUUCACAGCUGGGCGAGGACGCCUUGUUACAGGUAACACAACGUAGAACGUCCUGUGAAAGUCUGGCUCUUCUUGGUUAACACUUUCUACGAAAGAUUAAUCAUUGGAAACGGAGAAAUGUAUGUCUCUCUAGUCACGCACAGCAUUGGUUUUAAUCUGAAAACACAUUAAGAGUAAUUAUUAUUGAAGGGAAAACUAGAAGGCAGGAACGCGUUAGCCUGCUAACCUCGGCCACGAGAACCAAUCCGCAGAAAAGCGAACGAUGACUGGUUAUUGAUCCGUGCGAAUUUUUCUUGACGCUUCCCCGGCUCACCAAACUCAUUUUCGACUAAUUUUUGACUUCUUUGACUAGUAUCUUCAACUUAACAAAAUACGGAACCAAUCAAUCGAGAAAGAUGUUUUCCGUGCAUCUUUCUCAGGAGCGUUUCUUUGUGACAGAAAAAAGCUGCGAAAGGGACAGAAAUCACUUUUUUUUCAACCAUCCUCCUCUGCUUCAGAGUCGUUUGUUUUAGCCUGCAUGUACACCUGACAGUACGCUGCUUUGCAGUUAAAGUGGGUAAAGAUCUGUACAUUCUUUAGCCUGCGAGCAAGUUCUCCAAGCAAGCCGCGAGGGAUCGCGCGAGCGAGUCACGAAGCGUGCUGCUCUCGCGAGAACUUGCUCACAGGCUCUAUAUUCAUUUACAAACAUGUACGUGUAUGAAGUCAGUUUUUACUGUUUUGUGUUCGACAGGUUUACACUGAUGGUAUCCGCCACAUCCGAUCUGACAAGCGUGUAAACGAAUGGAAAACUCCUGGAAAGAAAACCAUUGUAAAAUGUGCUGUGAAUGAAAGACAAGUUAGUUGCUUAGUUCGAGUGUAGUGCAUAUUAAAAAGAAAGCGUUAAAUUUCAUUAGCUGGGUUUUGAGUUCCAUUUAAAAAAGGAGGCAGGGUGGCCGAGUGGUUAGAGCGUUGGACAUAUAAUCGUGAGACCCCGAGUUCAAAUCCCGCCUUGAUCGCUAGCUGGAUUUGCUGUCGGUAGCCCCGUGUUCUAAUCCUGGACCACGCUUGUGAAAUAGCUGACUUGGUCGCCCCCGAACAGUCGGGGUUCCCCAUGUUAUGUUCUAUUGAAAUAGUUAUUUGUUUCAUUAUCCGUGAAAAGCCCCCUAAGGGGAGAGGAUAAAGGAUUUAAAUUGGAAUUACAUGAAACGAUUUUUAUGAAAUUUAACUUUUUCAGGUUGUCAUCGCUUUAACUGGAGGGGAAAUUGUUUACUUUGAAAUGGAUCCGGUAAGCAAGUGAAAUUGUUGUUCCUAUCUUCCGUCAGACAAACUGUAAACAUGACUUGAUCCAGCAUUUUACAGUUUUUAGGCUAGCUCAUUGUAACGUAACGAAAGCGUGAAUUUUAAAGCCCUAAAAUUGUGUAUGUUUUUAGAAUCUGGUAGACCCGAAAUAUUGUGACAUAUUCAAAAUGUUGGAUAUAACUCCCAGUUAACGCGUGUCGCAAUUUGUUUCAAUAUUUGGCUUCAUUUUAUUUGCAGUCCGGUCAACUGAAUGAGUAUACAGAACGAAAAGAAAUGUCUUCGGAUGUACAGUGUAUGGCCCUCGGGACAGUACCCGCAGGAGAGCAGCGCUCAAGGUUUCUGGCCAUUGGUCUAAGUGACAACACCGUGCGGGUAAUAUCCCUUGACCCGCAGGAUUGCCUUCAGCCUCUUAGUAUGCAGGCCCUUCCCGCCACACCUGAGUCACUUUGCAUUGUGGAGAUGGCAAUGGGAGGAUUAGAGAGCGAGUCUGGAAGGCUUGGAGGACUCUUUCUCAAUAUCGGAUUAUCUGUAUGUUUGUGGUUUUGACUCUUUUAUCUCAGAAACUUUUGUCUAAGACCUCACAUUUAGAUCGUAUUAACUAACAUUGCUUGAAAGUUCUUGUGAAAGCAAUUGUUUUUAAACUUUUAUGAAUUUCUUAAGCUGUCUAUACGAACAGUGCGCCUCUACUAUUAACAACCUGACUGUUUUUUGGUACCUUACAGAAUGGUGUUCUGCUUAGAACAGUGCUGGAUCUUGUGACUGGAGAUUUGUCCGAUACUCGAACGAGGUAAGGAUAUACGCGGCCCACCUUAACUUACAGGGAUGUUCUGGUUUGAUCACAUGUUGAUAUUUAGGCAAGGCACGGCCUAGCCACCGACUGAAGUGAUCUAAUUCGAAACAAGUCUGGUUGAAUGCUUUCAGCGUCAACGGGGUACCCCACUCCUUGUAAAACGAAAUUCGUGUGAAGUAAUCUGCAGGUCUGCAGUGUAAAUACAUUUUGUUGAUUCUUGCUGGUGAAAUGCUGAAUUCGUCUCGUUGUUUUUCAGGUAUCUUGGGUCAAAGGCUGUUAAGUUGUUUAAAGUUAGAAUGCACGGAUCUGAUGCGGUAAGUACUAGCUCUGUCCUUGUUUCUAGAGUUGUCGACGUUCAUUUAUAAGAAAGCAGUACCCCUUAAUGACAUAAUAGCCCAGGGCCAGGUUGCAUAAAACCUACUAAAGAUACGAGGGCUCUUAACUUUUGUUCUGGAACAAUAACCUAUUGUUUUGAAAUAACAGUUACAAGUUCCCUUAAUCUUAAGAUGUGUUUUUGUAACCCGACCCAGGUAACUGGCACCCAGGGCGAAAAAAAGCGAGCUACCCAUGAAAAGCGAGGGAAAGCAUACGACCUAUGGUAAGCACAGGGAAACGUGCUUAAUGUGGAGCGCGCUAAAAUAUUGUGCAAAGUUUUGCGAGGUACACGUAACAAGUGCGAUUUAUGGCAAACGUAAACAAACUAUGGGAAACAAAAGAAAUGUUUGCUGUUCUACCCUCUGUAUUGCUCUUCUUCUUCUUCUUCUUCUUCUUCUUCUUCUUCUUCUUCUCCUCCUCCUCCUCCUCCUCCUCCUCCUCCUUCUUCUUCUUCUUCUUCUUCUUCUUCUUCUUCUUCUUCUUCUUCUUCUCCUCCUCCUUCUUCUUCUUCUUCUUCUUCUUCUUCUUCUUUUUCUUAUUGUUAUUAUUAUUAUUAUUAUUAUUGUUAUUAUUAUUAUUAUUAUUAUUAUUAUUAUUAUUAUUAUUACUUUAUGGACAAGAAGGACCAUAACGCGAUGUUAGAAAUUAUAGAAGUUUAAUCCUUUUUUUUAUAUUUCCAGGUUCUUGCCAUGUCAAGUCGCUCGUGGCUAAGUUACUCGUACCAGUCCCGUUUCCAUCUUACUCCGUNUCUUCUUCUUCUUCUUCUUCUUCUUCUUCUUCUUCUUCUCCUCCUCCUCCUCCUCCUCCUCCUCCUCCUUCUUCUUCUUCUUCUUCUUCUUCUUCUUCUUCUUCUUCUUCUUCUUCUCCUCCUCCUUCUUCUUCUUCUUCUUCUUCUUCUUCUUCUUCUUCUUAUUGUUAUUAUUAUUAUUAUUAUUAUUGUUAUUAUUAUUGUUAUUAUUAUUAUUAUUAUUAUUAUUAUUACUUUAUGGACAAGAAGGACCAUAACGCGAUGUUAGAAAUUAUAGAAGUUUAAUCCUUUUUUUUAUAUUUCCAGGUUCUUGCCAUGUCAAGUCGCUCGUGGCUAAGUUACUCGUACCAGUCCCGUUUCCAUCUUACUCCGUUGUCAUAUGAGACACUCGAGUACGCCUCUAGUUUCUCUUCUGAGCAGUGUCCUGAGGGAAUUGUUGCUAUAUCUGCAAACACUCUGAGGUGGGUCCUAAAUCAUUACUAAAAACUAGGAAAACUGAGGUUAUGGUAAUUCAUUUGCACGCCAACUGCACCCUUAAUUUUGCAGGUGACUUUGCUUUGUUCUUUUUUAAUACGUGUGACUUGAUUAAUUUGUCGUCACUAUACGCUGAGCUGAAAUAUUAAACUGAGUCGGGGAUUUCACGAACCAAUAUGCCAGUAGUUGUUUUAGCACUCUUUUGAAGCACUCUCUUAAACCUGCGAUAAGAACGCCAUAUCGCAGUUUACACUCGCUUGUGCCUUCUCUACAGUAUAGUUAAUUGUGUCUGAAAAGCCCUGUAAAGGAAGACUCAAUAAAACGUAUUUGUUUAUGUAUACAUAUACAGUGUAGAUGGUAAUGUCUAGCCUAUGAGCAAGCUCUCUGGGGGUAGGGGACGGGGAAACACCCCCCCACCACCACCCCCGCUCCGUGGAGUUUCCAAGAGAGCUUGUAGGUCAUGCCUGCCCCUAGGGAGUUAGCAUAAGUAGCUGACAAGGCCUCGUAAGCUAUAGCUUAGUUUAAGUAGUUGUUGAUGGUAACGAGUUAUAUAUCGUUUCCUUUUGAAAUUUUUUUAAGGAUUUUGGCUCUGGAAAAGUUAGGUGCUGUGUUUAACCAGGUAGCCACACCUCUUCGCUACACGCCUCGGAAAUUUGCUUUCCACCAUCAGAGUAACAAUUUGAUCAUCAUAGAAAGUGACCACAACACGUUCACCGACAAGGUCAAAGAGGAGAAAAAACAACAAAUUGCUGAGGUUUGUACCCAUGGGUUUGCAAUCCCCUGUUUGUAAAUAGCGGAAGUUACGACCAUUAAAACUGACUGCUGACAGUGGGACAGUGAAACUCUUACGACUUACUGUUAUGUUGUUUGAACUUGCUUUCCUUUGUUUAUUUUGGCAAUGCAAGGCUCGUGAACGUAUCAAUUUCAGAAUAAAAGUGCCACUAGCAAGUGUGUUCGCAAACAUAAAUUCAUUGACCCAUGAUGAUAUGUGGCUUGGUUGGAGAGGAAGACGUCUUUCCUCCUUUUCCCAAUCCCUCUCCCAUUUUUCCUUCCACCCCAUUUCUUGCGACGAAUGUCACGUAAGCUAGAUGGGUUAACAGUUUAUUUGUUUAUUUUGUUUAUUUUUUCCUCCAUUUAUUUAUUUUACAAGCCAUUUAUAUUGUAUUACAAGAUUGAAGAAUUAAAGAUGCUAUUUGUAGUGGCUUAUUUGUAGUGCUAUUUGUAGUUGCUAUUUAACAGUUUAAAAGCCCUAAAAUCUUGAAUGUUCGCUUCUUUUGAGACUUCAAUGUGUUUUAGCACGAGAGGUUCGUCUCAUGAUUGGAGGUUUUGUAGUUCAAUUUUAUGCCUGGUCUAAUUUUUCCUUUGUUUCUGUGUAUGUAUGAAAAUGAGUUUGAAACAAAGCCAUCGUCAAUUUGAAUCCACAGCACGCCACACCAACAAAAGAUGUUCAAUCUGCGUAUGUCAGUUUCUUUUUCUCCCUUCUAAAGUAUUUAUUGACAUUUUUAUGUUCAUUUCUGCCAGGAAAUGGUCGAAGCAGCCGGUGACGACGAGAAGGAGCUAGCGGCUCAAAUGGCAGCCGAAUUUCUUAACGAGGAUCUCUCUGAACAACAGUUUGGAGCCCCCAAGGCAGGGCCUGGCAUGUGGGCCUCUAUUUUGCGCAUGCUGGACCCAAUAAAGGUACCCUAAGAUGGCACCUGUUGCCGAGAGAAGAGCUUGCAUAUAGUUAAGCGCUUACCACAAAACAGGUUUAUUACGAUCAUGGCAGCUCUCUCAGUUAAUUUACUUGUUCUUGAAUUCUUGGCAAUGAAAACUAUUAUUUUGACUUGAAGAGCUUAGUGAAGGAAACGUUUCUUGAAGGAGCCUUUUUUCAGGUGGUCAUUCUGUGCAAGACAAAUUUUACCUUUGCUCAAAUCUUUUUGGUAUUGAAAAGGUGGGGGCGGGGGCAAGGGUUGUGCAGUUAUACGAGCGCCGGCCUUUCGCCAGUGUGGCCUGGGCUCGAAUCCCGCAGGUAACACCAUAUAUGGUGUGAGUUUAUUGUUGGUUCUCGCCCUUAAGAGGUUUUUCUUUGGGUAUUUCGGUUUUUUCUUCUCCUCAAGAACCAAUAGUUUCAAAGGCCAAUUCGAUCGGGAAUGAUAGACGAAGAACCGCUAAUCUGGAUGUGCUGCCUCCAAAUUGUUAUUUAUUUAUUUUUUAUCCAUCCAUCUAUCAUUUCUUUCUUCCGUCCGUCCAUCCCUCCCCUCCCCUCUCCCCUCUGAAGCUCAGGAAUCUCAAUUUUCUUUACAGGGUGAAACAGUCGAUGAGGUUCGUCUGGAACAAAAUGAAUCUGCUGUCAGGUUUGUUUCAUCUUCACACUGUAUUACUCUGCCUUCAGGUUUGUGUUGUGUACUACCUGCUCUGUACUCUUCAGUGAUGAGUGCAGUACACUGAGUCGUUAUAGGUGUUAGACAUGUUCAAGUCGAUACAUUUAGUAUGUGCCAGAAAGACGAAAGAAACGUGGUAUAAAUGAGACACUUGCUAAGUUAGAUUUCUUCUUUUCUGAAUGUCUAAAAAGAAUUUACUUUUGUGAGGUUUACUGGUUCGGUAGUCCACUCAUUUUGUGUAAUAUUGAUAAAAAAGGUUGUUUUGGAUCAUUAUGAAGUGCUUUUGCGUGACGAUGACUGAUAAUCGUAACCAUUAAAUGCAGCUCAUAUUGUCGCAGAAAACAGGCAAGCAAGCCUUGUUACUCAUGCCAGCUACAUGCCUCUUGCAGAUGGUUGCAACUCACUUUAUGUAAUAUUAUAUUUCAGUGUGUGCGUGUGUAAUUUUACGUGUCGUCCUGAUGAGACUUAUGCGCUAGUUGGUACCGCAAAGGACCUGACUCUUAACCCGCGGUCAUGCGCAGGAGGUUUCAUUCACGCUUACAAGAUUGCUGAACUCAUUGAUGGGGGAUACAAACUAGAAUUUGUCCACAAGGUAAAAUCCUUUGCUCAAUAUGUAUAUGCUUAACUUAAGGAAACAGCUGUGAUUUCCACUGGUUUCCCGCGAAAUUACGUUUGAGAAACGAGCGCAGAAAUAAUGAUUCCAUACUAAUGAAGCGUCACUAACGAGAUCUGGGUAGUGCUUCUGAUUGGCUGAAAAUUUGCUUCACUCCUUUGUUAGACGUCAUUUUGCGGCGAAACCAGUGGUCGCGUUGGGAAAUUUCGGCUGUUUUCUCAGGCUAGUAAAUGCUUUGUCUCAAAGAUUUGCCAAAAUCUCAGUAGAAGGGAGUGUCAGGCGGGUUAUGGUGAACUGAACAUGAGGCAUAAUUAGACUUUUUUGUCGAGUUAUGGAAAAUAGUUUUGUGAUGGACAGAGUGAUUUUACUUGUAAACUCUUGACGAUUUCUGCUUAUUUUAUUUUUCAGACCGAAGUGGAUGAUAUUCCUGGAGCUCUAGCGCCUUUCCAGGUGGACAAAUAAUUCACUAUUUUUUUCUGACGUACCGUUCCUUAAAAUUUCUUUUCGACUUUAGGUUCCACUUGCGUUGACUCUAUUCGGGCUUAACGUAACCUUUGUGACGGAGCGCCUUGUCGCUAUGCUGCAAUUAACGGCCCUAUAGGGGGAAAGUAGGUUGCGAUUCGUCCAGCGAGAAAUGUUUAAAGCAGAUAUUUUUUGUUGUAGGGUCGCCUUUUAGCUGGUGUUGGACGCCUGUUGAGAAUUUAUGAUCUUGGGAAAAAGAAACUUCUUCGUAAAUGCGAGAAUAAGGUAAGAUAAGCUCUAUUUCGCGCCGUUAGCCUCCAUUUGAAACAUGCGCGUGGCAGGGGUUAUUACAUUGGAAGCAAUAGACUGCAGCUAAAACUAAAGGAAAACGCGUUCACACGGAGACCCAGAACCUGCUUCAGUGUCUUCAUGGUCCCCACCUUGUACUACCCUUGCUUGCGAGUACUGGCAAAGGGAGUGUUCACAUUGCCAUAAAUACUCCCGGCUGGCGGCACCGUACUUAGGCACCAAGUGUGAACCCAGCCUUAGUUCCGGAUCCUGUAAACACUGCUAUGUUUGUUACAUGUUGCAAACUACCAUGACCAGAGAUAAUAGUGAAACAAAUGGCAACCGCCAUAGUAACUCUGUAGUUUUUUUCUGUACUAAUCCAAGACUGUGGAUGGUGUUACUGUGUUGGUAUUAAGGCUAUUUGGUAUUAAUCAUAGUAAGACAAGACGUGAUUAAUUUGUGUGUUGCUUCGUAGAAACUGCCAAACUUUGUUAUGGGGCUUAACACCAUGGGGACGCGUAUUAUUGUAAGCGAUAUUCAGGAGUCCUUUCACUUCGUCAAAUAUAAAGCUCGGGAAAAUCACCUGGUGAUAUUUGCUGAUGACGUCAAUCCAAGGUAAUUUGAGAUGUAAUUCUGCGUAUUGAGGUGACAUCUACUUGGUUGUGGACUUAGCAGGUGUGAUAUAUGUGCUUUUUACUCUCAAUUUGAUAAUAAUUUCUGUUCUAGUUCCGUUUCGAUAACAGUUCGAGGGAAGAACCUUAAUUACCCAAACCCAUUGUUACUCGACGGGACAGUGAGCUACCAAAAAUAUUUAAUGCCCGGGUAGGCUGAAACAGCGUAUUUAAUAGCCCACGUUCGAUAUAUUGAAGCCCUAGGAUUUCAAUUCCCAUGGAAAACAUUUUUUCGGUUCCGUGCCCAGAGAUCAUGAGAAACCAUCGGUAACAAUUUUUUGGUUGCGUGAAAAUUCGUGGGAACCCAUCCCCUGAAUGUUUUAAAUUUUCAGUCAUAUAUUUUUUUUUUCUUCGCGUUGGAAACCAUAAACCAUGUAUAAUGCUUUUUGGGAAUGAUUCAAGAUGGAACUGAUAGAUGGUAAACAUUUUAUUUUCAUAUAUGAGUCGUCACUAAAGAAAUGCCCCACUAGUGACAAAAAAUAAAUGUAUCCCUAAGAGUGAAAAUGUCAGUGGGAAACUACUUUUUGUUUCCGUUAUUUUAAGACCACGGUAACAACACGGUACCGGAAACUUUCAUUACCGUGAAAUCCUAGGGCUUGUGAAUAAAUAAAUAAUAUCGAAAUUCUCGAAAUAUCGAAAUGACUCCGAGGUUUCAUGGUCAUUUUUUCUAGAUUUGGUCUGGUUUUCUUUGUGCCCAAGUGUCCUCUGGGAAUUGCGAGACAAUGGAGUUGUAAAAAAAUUGCAUUUUUGUCCGUAAAGCCUCGAUAUCGAACGUGGGCUAUUGAAUUCGAAAAUAUUCGUCUAAUCACUUUAAAAAAUGGAGUUUUCUUGAGCAGAUUCACUAGUUUCGUGUAGGCGGAAUGCCGAUUCUUAUAUUAAAUAAAGCUGUUUCAAAAAUAUCUGGACUCGUGCAGACGGGGCCGAAAUUUUUGCUUCCUAAUAUUUAUCUACAGGAUAAAAACAAACGGGUUCUUUAGGGCUGAAUUGAGCAAGUUGUAUAGGGAUAAAGUGAAAGAUUUCAAGGAUUGUGUGUAGAGUACAAUCUAAUGGUUGAUUUUUUUCGUUAAGGAGUCUCCGAAGUCAAAAUUGCCAUUUAUUUUUAACCUUGAAAUGAAUUUUGUUUGCGUUCCGAUCUUUGAUUUCUUAUCCUUUCCUAGUAGUUUAAAGAUAAGACAUUCCCAUACCAGAUUUUCCUUUCUCGCUUCUUAGUGAAAGGGUGGUCACUGUGAGAGACCUUGGCGAGGAAAAAAUACAUUUUUCAUUUAUGGGUUGUUUUUAAAUCGUUGGUAUCAAAGAUCAAAGAAUCGGUUCUGUAAUGGCGAGUUUCGACAAUCGUCUUUUUAUUAUAAACUAAGCGCCAUUUUGAGACGGAAAAGAAAGAGAGGUUAGAAACUCUUGCAUUUAUGUUCUUAAGGUUUACUUAUUGCAAGUUUAAUUUUGAUUAUAGGUUUUAAUGUGCUGCGACAUUAUGUCAUCAAGCACCCUUAUUACCCAUCUCAUUGACGCUGCCUUCGACUUGUCUUAAACCAUGGUUCGCACAGGCCUUGAAAAUUCCCUGAAAAAGCAUCAUGUCCUUGAAUGAAUAGUCUUUGUAAAUUGAAAAAUUGUGGACUAUCCUUGAAAAGUCCUUGAAUAUUUUUGAAAGCUCCUUGAAUAAAAAUAACCUUUGUUAAACAAAGUGUUUUGCGCAAAGGUAAGAUUGAAAGCACAGCAGUACACAAAUUUUCUUGGUGGUCAUGAAAGUAUGUUUUCUUAUGUUUUCAAUGUUCCCGGAAUGGUUAAUUUUCCGUUAUUUGAAGUACCCUAGUAAUCGUGCCUUCCUGGGGGAAGGUAUUGCAAUAAGAAAUCUCCCCUCUACCUACGAAUUUGAAAGGUUUUUAGUUCAUGCAAUUCUAUGUCAAAUUACAGGGAAAAAAGUCCUUGAAAAAAUUGUUUUACUCCUUAAAAAGUCCUUGAUUUUUUCCCCCGAAUUUUGUAUGAACCAUGUAAACUCACCGGUGACGAAAAACAAAGAAGUCAACACAAUAGAACCUAGAAAAACAAAAGGUGUAAAACCUCUAAACCUAAACCUAAACCUAAACUUCUAAAUUGUUUUCCUCUUGCAUGCCCGCUAUCGGAUGUUUACAAGUAUAAAUUUGCAUAAAUGUAAUGAGGCAAUUACAAAAUCUAACAGCCCAACCCCGCUAGAUAUGAAACCGAACUACUUUGUGGAUAAAGCAAAGGUGUUCCCAUAUACUGAUGCUCAAACUGGCACGUUUAAUGGGGUUGGGGCCAAUGACUUAACGAUGGUUCAAGUCCAGCAAAAUAUAUUAAAAAUUAGUUGACUGAGGCGAGUGUAGAAAAAGCGGCACUGAAUCAUAUCUGUGGAGAACUGGUGCCCAUAUGACUAUUUCUGCCAAUUUCUCGAUGAAGUGUCGUCAGAGAUUCAGUUUUUUUUCCCUUAAUUAAAGAGUCAUACACUCCCUUGUAGAUUUCACUUGAAAUCAUCUUGGUGUUGGUCAUCGUUAAUAGAAAACUUACCUGUGAGAGUAUUUAGUCACUAUCUUACUAAUGUUUUCUUUCAAACCUAGCGUUUUAACUACAGUCUCUUCUAGUCAUUUCAACUGAAGACUCAGUCUUAAACAGCUAGUGUAUAGGUACUUUUGUCGUGCGUUUUUCCGAAGGUUUUACUCAGAUCAAUUAAUCGAGUAAGAUCAUUGACCUAAAAGCUCAGAACAACAGUACUUUCUCAUUUCACUUGUCGUGAUACUGUAUGCGGUUGGUUUUUACGCUGUUUUUACUUUUCAACACUAUUUUUCCAUGGUUGACGCUAAUGAAAAAAGGGACAUCAGUGUCAAACCAGAGUGGUUGUAAUGACUUCGUUGCUUCCAUCCAAGCAUUGUUCUCUUUCUAUCAAUGAUUGGAGCGCUUUUCGGAAGUCAUUCUUAAAAAACGUAUAAAGAAGAGGGUUGAUAAGUGCUGUACUGAAUUUUAGAACCACAAAUAUUAUGGUUAGAGCAAAGGGGAUACGAUUUAUGUACUCCAGAUCCCACAGCAGAGUAAAGAUAAAAUAUGGGAACCAGCCAAGGACAAAAGUUACCGUCAUUAUCACGUAAAUGAUCGCCGCUUUCCGAUCGUUUUUUCGACGUUUUUGUUGUUUUUCGAGAGGCUUGCUUUCCGUGAGAGCUUGACGCAUUUUCUUUUCUUUGUGAAUGUAGUAAAAAAUGUGACCAUCGAUGCAGGCAAUUAUAGAAAAUGGCACAAAAGCUAAUGCCACCAAGCAAAAUAUGGCGUAGGCAAUGUCUAAUCGUUUGAUUUUUUCUUCCCGUGGUCCUGUAAUCCAGGCGAGUUGAAUAAAAGAAGCGCCACAAGAGAAAAGCCACACGCCAAGCAAUAACAGCAAUACUCGUCGUUUUGUUACUACCAUGUUGUAUUUAAACGGUCUCUUGAUUUUAAAAUAGCGCUCUGAAGUUGCUACCAGCAAGUGGAGAAUGGUAGAAAUGGAGAGGAAUCGCUGGCAUAAAUCCAUGCUGGUACAUAUUUCGCCCACGAGUGUCGUUGAACAUGCUAGAACAAGCGGUAGAGACACGAGACCGGCAAGGCAGUCACCCGCCGCCAGACUAACCAAGCAAUAGUUGGUUCUUGUACGUAGAUACCGCGUGCUGAUGAAUAGCACAAACACAAGGGAGUUGGCGCAUAUUAUAAGCACGCUUUGUAAAGUUAAGAAGACAAUCACCGCUUGUCCUGUCUCUGUUUGGUGCAAAGCUCUUCCUGUCUGUUCCAUUUCAAGCGAAACAUUGUCUUUUUCCUUUGCUAAAUCUCUCCCGUAAUUUCUCGUUACGUUGUCCAUUUAACUUUCUCUUUUUUUUCACUGUUAGCUGUCAACUCUGCCGGUUCAACACCUGUAUUCUAAAACACUGUUUUUUUCUUAUGAAGAUGCCGUUUGUUGUUGCGUUGGUCAAAGGUUACACCCUGUUAUAAAACACACCAGAAAAUGAAUAAAUAGAAUGCGUUAGCUUGUGCUAGUUUGUUUUGUACAAAGGACAUAAAUCUUAUUACCUUAAAAAGUCUUGAGACGUUGUUUUCUUGGAAAUAGAUUCUAGACUGAGCGCAGUUUAUUGUUUCUUUUUAACAUAUAGUCCUCAUGGCGACUAAUAUCAUCUUGUGCAAAUUUUUGCAAAUAAAUUAGGGAGAAUGUUUACCUUGUCACCCCAAAUCGAUGAUUGUCUAAAUGUGUUGGUUGCUUUUCUUUUAUCGCUCGAAAAUCAGUUUUCUUGGUGACAGUUUUCAAUGAGUGUAAGAAGUCUGCGUUUUGUGUAGUAAUCUUCAAAACUGGGGGACAAUAUCACACGUUGUUAUCUUUUUAUGGAGAUUUCCGCUUUAAUUUAAAGAUAUUCUCCCUUCCUGUGCUUUGUUUCGUAUUUUAGUUGCACGCUUUUGUUCUGUUUGUGUCUUGCAAUUACCUUCAUCCUACUAAAAUGUGCUUUUCAGAGAAUUUACGCGGUUUAAUGGUCCAGUUGUACACUCAGUAAAGUGAUUUUCCGUUUUUCUCUGCGUUGACCUGGUAAUUUGUCACUUGAUUUUAACAAUUGGAAUCCAGGUGCAACAGUGCAAAAAACGAAUAAAUCGAUCGCGGGAAGCAAUUAUUUUGCAUUUGGAAAGCAGUCACACAUAUUCCAAGUAAAGUAAAUAAAAUAUAAUUUCCGAAAAUUAGAAAAAUGGCGAUCUCGUUUUUUCGAGGUUUUCUUCAAAUUUCGCUCCACUUAAAGAAAAUGUGUUAAUAUUUGUAGCACUUAAUUCGUGUAGAAUAGAAUCUUGUACAGUAGAAUUUUGCUUUGCUUUAUGAGAGUAACAUCAAAGGCUUUAUGCUAGAAAAUUCGCCAAACAUUUACUUUAAUCUGAAAUCGUUUUAAUUUCUCCCGAAAUGGACCGUGUCUUGUCAGAUAAAGGGUUAAUUUACACGUCAAACAACGGGGAUGACAAUUAAACUAGUUCAAGUGUUUUUCUAAAGCUUUCCUUGCAAAGUAGAAAUUGAAAUUAUUUCGUGUUUUUUUCUGACUGGUUAUCAAGAACGUUUUGGUAAGGAAUGAGUAUUUUUUUAUAGUUGCAUUAGCUGUUCUGUUGAUUUAAAAAUGCUGACUGUUUGAAUGCCAAGUAGUUAUAUUUUUCGUAAGCUUCUUACCAUUUUUAUUCUACUAUUUUAUUGGUAGGUCCUUAUUGCUUUCUCACGGUGGCUUUCCGACUUUAAAGCUGUUAUUGGGCGUCUUGAGUUAAAAACAGCCUUUUCAACCUUUUCUUUUCUCUCCAAUUUCUUGAUAACCUGUUGUGCACUGUCUGAUUUUACUUAUCAAAUAAUCGCCUAUUUUCUCGCCCCAUUAAAUUUGUAUCAUGCUGCAAUUGUGCCCAACUGCUUAACGCCUUCAGACGGCACUCUUUUAGCUCCGUAUAUUGACUUCACAUUGGUGCCAGUUGCGAUAUAGUUUUUCUUUUUUUCUGUCAUUUACAUAUCCUUUGUAAAAAGCACUGACAAUGUGACAGUUUUUCAUGGCACUUGAAGGCAGCUGUGUUGGAGAGCUUUCUUUCCAUUAAGUGUUUGCAGAAGAAGUGAAGAGAAGUGCGUUCAAUAGUCCUAUAUUUUGUACAGACUGAGUAAUAAAAUAAGAGGUACUAAAAACCGAUUUUCAACUUUCAUAUCCAUUAGAAUUAUAUUGAUUUCUGGUAAGUUAACCGUAUAGCGCGCGUAUCACUAGUGAACUUACACAACAGGACGGGAGAGGAACAAAGACGGCAAACCUUGUGUUGGAAGCGUGACAAUAACUUUGUUUGAAAUAACUUUUGGCUAAACUUCACUCUCCUUUAAACCAUAGUUAGUAGAUGAGACUGGUUAGGAAACCCGGCAAACAUUAAAGUUGAAAGCAAUGGUGCUUUAGGUUAUGUUGGAAGCUCCCUGACUGUGCACAAUCCUUUGUUUUCUGUUCACAAAUUCUGACUGAACAAAUUAAUGCAAUGUUUCUAUUGGUCAAUAACUUCAAAAUGAUGGGAAUGCUAUUGAACGUUGUGCACGGUCAGGUACACAAAAGCUGACAAAAACCUAUAACAAAGGGUUUCCCAACCUUUCCACUUUAAUUAACUAUUUUUAAACAGAUCUCUUUGUUAAGACCAGAAAACAGUAAUGUUAAGUUAAGAUCACGACGAAACACGCAAGUGAUAGCCCUGUCAUGUUGGUCACGCGCAAGCGUUAUGCCGUCCUCUUCCUCCUGCCGUCCUGUUCCGUAAACUCCCUACUAAUUAAAGACAACAACUUUAGCUCCAGUUAAGUUUGAUACUGUCAUUGGUCAUAGUCAACAGUCGCCCGCCCCAUGUAAGGUUAUCCGGAUUCCAGAAUCCUGAAAUUUUUUGUUUGGUGACUCUGGAAUCCCGGCUGGAAAUUUUUUCUCGUGGAAUCCAGAAUUGAGCUCAAGGAUCAGAAUCUUGACAAUUGGAAUCCGGAAUCUGGAGUCCAAGUUCCACUGACAAGGAAUUGAGAAUCCCGUACCUAGAAUCGUGGAAUCCGGAAACCAAUCUUACCUUGCAUGGGGUGACAACGUCUUUUUGUGUUGUCUUACAUGAUGCUCUUAAGCAACAACAACAAAAACAACAAUCUUUAUUGUGCUCUUGAUACAAAAGAAAAGCUUUAGUCAUAACUUUCAAAGCCUCUGUUUCAUACCUGACUCCGUGAUUACCCUGCGAAUACAGCUGUCUCUCCACGAUCUUUGCCGCGAAACGUCCCUGGCCGCGUAUUCACAGGUUACUCUGUAAUUUCAAUGCAUCUUUUAGUGAAUAAAUGGCUUUCGUGACUGAAACCAUUUGAACAAAUCGGAGGCUCUUUUUGGCAAGAAUGAUUUUGAUUUCUGGUCAAUCAACUUAGAAUUGUUUGGGAGUGUUAAUCCGAGUCGAUAGCUAGUAGAUUUGACGUUAAAAACAGGUCGUUUGUAGACAGUGUGGAUAUUGGCAUAAAUCCAUGCUGGUACAUAUUUCGCCCACGAGUGUCGUUGAACAUGCUAGAACAAGCGGUAGAGACACGAGACCGGCAAGGCAGUCACCCGCCGCCAGACUAACCAAGCAAUAGUUGGUUCUUGUUCGUAGAUACCGCGUGCUGAUGAAUAGCACAAACACAAGGGAGUUGGCGCAUAUUAUAAGCACGCUUUGUAAAGUUAAGAAGACAAUCACCGCUUGUCCUGUCUCUGUUUGAUGCAAAGCUCUUCCUGUCUGUUCCAUUUCAAGCGAAACAUUGUCUUUUUCCUUUGCUAAAUCUCUCCCGUAGUUUCUCGUUACGUUGUCCAUGUAACUUUCGUUUUUUUCACUGUUAGCUGUCAACUCUGCCGGUUCAACACCUGUAUUCUAAAACACUGGGUUUUUUUUUCUUAUGAAGAUGCCGUUUGUUGUUGCGUUGGUCGAAGUUUACACCCUGUUAUAAAACACACAAGGAAAUGAAUAAAUAGAAUGCGUUAGCUUCUGCUAGUUUGUUUUGUACAAAGGACAUAAAUCGUUUUACCUUAAAAGUCUUGAGACGUUGUUUUCUUGGAAAUAAAUUCUAGACUGAGCGCAGUUUAUUGUUUCUUUUUAACAUAUAGUCCUCCUGGCGACUAAUAUCAUCUUGUGCAAAUUUUUGCAAAUAAAUUAGGGAGAAUGUUUGCCUUGUCACCCCAAAUCGAUGAUUGUCUAAAUGUGUUGGUUGCUUUUCUUUUAUCGCUCGAAAAUCAGUUUUCUUGCUGACAGUUUUCAAUGAGUGUAAGAAGUCUGCGUUUUGUGUAGUAAUCUUUAAAACUGGGGGACAAUAUCUCACGUUGUUAUCUUUUUAAGCAGAUUUCCGCUUUAAUUUAAAGAUAUUCUCCCUUCCUGUGCUUUGUUUCGUAUUUUAGUUGCACGCUUUUGUUCUGUUUGUGUCUUGCAAUUACCUUCAUCCUAAAAUGUGCUUUUCAGAGAAUUUACGCGGUUUAAUGAUCCACUUGUACACUCAGUAAGUGAUUUUCCGUUUUUCUUUGCGUUGACCUGGUAAUUUGUCACUUGAUUUUAACAAUUGGAAUCCAGGUGCAACAGUGCAAAAAAACGAAUAAAUCGAUCGAGGGAAGCUAUUAUUUUGCAUUUGGAAAGCAGUCACACAUAUUCCAAGUAAAGUAAAUAAAAUAUAAUUUCCGAAAAUUAGAAAAAUGGCGGUCGCGUUUUUUCGAAGUUUUCUUCAAAUUUCGCGUAGAAUAGAAUCUUGUACAGUAGAAUUUUGCUUUGCUUUAUGAGAGUAACAUCAAAGGCUUUAUGCUAGAAAAUUCGCCAAACAUUUACUUUAAUCUGAAAUAGUUUUAAUUUCUCCCGAAAUGGACCGUGUCUUGUCAGAUAAAGGGUUAAUUUACACGUCAAGCAACGGGGAUGACAAUUAAACUAGUUCAAGUGUUUUUCUAAAGCUUUCCUUGCAAAGUAGAAAUUGAAAUUAUUUCGUGUUGUUUUUUCUGACUGGUUAUCAAGAACGUUUUGGUGUGGAAUGAGUAUUUUUUUAUAGUUGCAUUAGCUGUUUCUGUUGAUUUAAAAAUGCUGACUGUUUGAAUGCCAAGUAGUUAUAUUUUUCGUAAGCUUCUUACCAUUUUUAUUCUACUAUUUUAUUGGUAGGUCCUUAUUGCUUUCUCACGGUGGCUUUCCGACUUUAAAGCUGUUAUUGGGCGUCUUGAGUUAAAAACAGCCUUUUCAACCUUUUCUUUUCUCUCCAAUUUCUUGAUAACCUGUUGUGCACUGUCUGAUUUUACUUAUCAAAUAAUCGCCUAUUUUCUCGCCCCAUUAAAUUUGUAUCAUGCUGCAAUUGUGCCCAACUGCUUAACGCCUUCAGACGGCACUCUUUUAGCUCCGUAUAUUGACUUCACAUUGGUGCCAGUUGCGAUAUAGUUUUUCUUUUUUUCUGUCAUUUACAUAUCCUUUGUAAAAAGCACUGACAAUGUGACAGUUUUUCAUGGCACUUGAAGGCAGCUGUGUUGGAGAGCUUUCUUUCCAUUAAGUGUUUGUUUGCAGAAGGAAAGUGAAGAGAAGUGCGUUCAAUAGUCCUAUAUGUUGUACAGACUGAGUAAUAAAAAUAAGAGAUACUAAAAACCGAUUUUCAACUUUCAUAUCUAUUAGAAUUAUAUUGAUUUCUGGUAAGUGAACCGUAUAGCGCGCGUAUCACUAGUGAACUUACACAACAGGACGGGAGAGGAACAAAGACGGCAAACCUUGUGUUGGAAGCGUGACAAUAACUUUUGGCCAAACUUCACUCUCCUUUAAACCAUAGUUAGUAGAUGAGACUGGUUAGGAAACCCGGCAAACAUCAAAGUUGAAAGUAAUGGUGCUUUAGGUUAUGUUGGAAGCUCCCUGACUGUGCACAAUCCUUUUUUUCUGUUCACAAAUUCUGGCUGAAUAAAUUAAUGCAAUGUUUCUAUUGGUCAAUAACUUCAAAAUGAUAGGAAUGCUAUUGAACGUUGUGCACGGUCAGGUACAAAAAAGCUGACAAAAACCUAUAACAAAGGAUUUCCCAACCUUUCCACUUUAAUUAACUAUUUUUAAACAGAUCUCUUUGUUAUGACCAGAAAACAGUAAUGUUAAGUUAAGAUCACGACGAAACACGCAAGUGAUAGCCCUGUCAUGUUGGUCACGCGCAAGCGUUAUGCCGUCCUCUUCCUCCUGCCGUCCUGUUCCGUAAACUCCUUACUAAUUAAGGAUAACAACUUUAGCUCCAGUUAAGUUUGAUACUGUCAUUGGUCAUAGUCAACAGUCGCCCGCCCCAUGUAAGGUUAUCCGGAUUCCAGAAUCCUGAAAUUUUUUGUUUGGUGACUCUGGAAUCCCGGCUGGAAAUUUUUUCUCGUGGAAUCCAGAAUUGAGCUCAAGGAUCAGAAUCUUGACAAUUGGAAUCCGGAAUCUGGAGUCCAAGUUCCACUGACAAGGAAUUGAGAAUCCCGUACCUAGAAUCGUGGAAUCCGGAAACCAAUCUUACCUUGCAUGGGGUGACAACGUCUUUUUGUGUUGUCUUACAUGAUGCUCUUAAGCAACAACAACAAAAACAACAAUCUUUAUUGUGCUCUUGAUACAAAAGAAAAGCUUUAGUCAUAACUUUCAAAGCCUCUGUUUCAUACCUGACUCCGUGAUUACCCUGCGAAUACAGCUGUCUCUCCACGAUCUUUGCCGCGAAACGUCCCUGGCCGCGUAUUCACAGGUUACUCUGUAAUUUCAAUGCAUCUUUUAGUGAAUAAAUGGCUUUCGUGACUGAAACCAUUUGAACAAAUCGGAGGCUCUUUUUGGCAAGAAUGAUUUUGAUUUCUGGUCAAUCAACUUAGAAUUGUUUGGGAGUGUUAAUCCGAGUCGAUAGCUAGUAGAUUUGACGUUAAAAACAGGUCGUUUGUAGACAGUGUGGAUAUCAGUUUUGAGGUAUCGUAUCGCGUCGUAAUAUCGAGUGAAUUUGGAUAGUUAUCGGUUACUGGGCUCUGAGUCAAUAGCCCAUGAGGCCGAAUUGUUUUAGUAAAAUCCAACUAGUUGGUCAAAAAAAAUUAAGCUGGUUAAAGCUAGACUUUAAUCCUUUUUUGCCGCCAAAAAGCGCGCGCCUUUCGCUACUAGUAGGCUUUAACAUAUAGCCUAGUAGUAGCUCAACCAAUCAGAACGCAGCAUUGAUAAUAGACCACUACUUGGAUUUUAGUAAAACCUAUUAUGCGUGGCUACUGACGACUAGGUUGUUGACCAGUACUGUUACACAGUUAAGCGCUUGUUAUCUUCAUUUUACUAAAAUAGGUUCGAUCAUUUUUCAUUUUAGCCACUGUAAUGGUAAAAAGAUACCUAUAAAUUCGUAAAUGAAAAUGCCACCUCGGGACACCUCAGCAACAGCCGUCUACAUGGAGCGUUUAAGCUGUUUUCUCGUUUGGAAAUGCAUUUUCCUUAUUUUAUGUUUCAUUGUUUGUUGGUGCAUGGCAGUAAUUAUUCAACGUUUAUUUGUGCGACUGUAAUUUAUUUACGGUGAAACUCGUACGUUUUUUUCCUCCAGCCGUUCGCACGAAAUUGAUUGACUGCUCCGUAUUUUAUUUUUUUUUUGUCUUUCACGAUUAAUUUUUAAAUCUCAUUUGACUUUUAAGUGGGGUGGUUACGCAAAUAAAGUUCUUUUACUUGUUCAGUGUAAACAGCUGUGGUUUGCACCCAAUUUUUCCCACCGUUUCUAGAUAAAAAGGAAAGGAUUAAAGCUUACGCCGCCAUGUACGAAAUCUAUUCAUAUAUCUUUCGAAUGCCUGAUGGGUUUUGUAGCUUUCUUUCUCAUGACUGUUUUUUAAAUCAACGCUGCGUUGUUCAAUAAAUCUUUUAAAAUUUUCAGUCUUCCUUGAUUGGGGUACUUUAAACCGGCAAAUGUGGUCUUUUUGACUUAAAAACAAUACAUGUAAAUCUGUUUUUUUGAAAGUGAUUGUCUGCCUUUAACCUCAAAUGUUAAGCUUAUAGUCUAUGAGUUACCUGCAGCACAAGAAAGUCAAGCUGUAUCGCUCGGCUAAGUUUCUCUUGCCCUCUGACAGUUGUUGUUCAGCUUCACGCAGUUCAGCUCUGUCUUGGAAAGAUAUAAUUGCGUUGGUGUAAAUAUUUGUUUAAACACGCCAAAUUGCCUUUAAUAUCUCCCUGUUUCAGUACCGUCCUGAAUAUUUCCUUUUUAAAAAGAGAUUUUUUAAAAGCCCCGCAGGGCAGUUUUUCCACAACAUUUCAAAAACGCAAUCUUGCUGUGAUUUCAUUUGUGCUUCAUGGGAUAUCUGGUUAAGGAGCCAGUUAAAUUGCAUCUUUCUUGGGUUGUGGCUUCAUAGCAAAUUGCCACUGAGACAAAGCAUCAAAAUUUCAUUAAUGGAAAUUUCGCAAGUUUUUACGUUAUGAAAUAUCCCUUUUGUGAUUUCCCUCACUCUUGAAAAUUUCACGUACUAGCUCUUGUUAUAAACAAGUUUAGCUAGAUACACUUGAAACCCACACGGGAUAGCUGCAUGGCAAUAGAUACAUUGUAUAUUUCCAAUUUUGUGGUUAACUGGUAAAUUAACAAGGAAGAAGUACGAAUUUCAUUUGUCACUUGUUCUGAUCACUUUAAAGCUUGCGAAAAAGUUGCCAUUUUAUGCGAGUCUUUUGUUGUAAAGACUAUAUAAUCUUGGAGGUAUUUAUAUAAAACCUUGAAUUUGUAACAAAGCAAAAACUUGUACCUACGCUUGUGAUAUUUUAAUUAGCGACUCGCCCGUGCCAAGAAUAGAAAUCUGCAAGUAUCAAAUAAAAAUGUAAAUUUUUGGUUGGUCUGGUAAAAUAUUUUUCACAACUUUCUGUUUUUUCUUUCCUCCUUUUUAACUCGUGGGGACGCGCGAGCGUACCACGAGUUAUUGCAGGGACAGAGAUAUGCAAAUGAGUCACUCGCUCACUCGUAAUAGACGGACUUCGUAAUUAAUCGGGUCCGAACUCGAGAGUGCGAAGAUCUAUCGCUUCCGAAGAAGCACGCGCUCUUGAAGUUCGGUGGGAUCAAAUUCUUCGCUGAGAGCGUGCAUCGUUCGGCGUUCGCUGCUCAGACUCAGAGUUUUCUUUAUGGCAAAUUUUCUACAGCACGGUUAGAGGUCUUACCAAAUUUAAGACACGUAGGAGUCUUUCAAAUGAGUACGAUGGUUAACUUGGGGAUUGGAUUUCAAGAGCCUUUGACUCGCCCAGGCGUUAAACUUGACGAGAAAAUGAGCAAUUACUCUUCUGACUCCGAAAGAUCACGGGGGAUAUACAAAUUCCAGCUCGCUGGAAAGUGAUCUGAAAGAAAGAAUAUGUCAUGCCAUGCUAUUCUUAAGAACCUGUAUGGGCCGAAAAUGGAUGUGAUUUUGACCAUUAGCUUCAAAAUAACAGCAGAAAUCGAGAUAAGAAAACAUAUGUUUUGCCUCCUACUUCGCUGACGAGGUUUGUAAAGCACAUGUCAUUUUAUUCAUUCGUUGCCAUGAAAUGCGUUGACAUUGUUUUUUCACUGUCAAUAGCUCGGUUAAUGCGGCUCGAUCAUACUGAACGAAUUUGCUGGCGGAAGUUCCAUGGAUAACGCAUUAAGUUAAAGAGUUUUCGCCAGAGUGAUGUAAUCAGCCUUCGUGGUGUAGUGGUAAAGUAUAAGUGGCAUACAGCCGAAGGUUCCCGGGUUCAAGUCCUGCUUUCUACCGUUCUUUUUUCAUCUUCUUUCUUCCUUUUUUCUCGUUUUUGGCUUGUUUUGUUUGCUUAUUUGUUUUGUUGUUUUUUUCAAUAAAUAUGUACCUAAAUAACCGUUAUUUAAUAAAAUGCAAUAAACAAAAAGAAAAGUAUUGUGUUUGCAGAGCAAAGAUAGUAUAUUAAAUAUAUUGUACAUGGAUAAACAAUCUGAAUUUCUAUCAUUUGUUACAAUUUACUGUGGGAAAACCAGAGUUGAUAACCAUUUGAUCAUUUCCUAAACAAUGUUCCCACGAGUUGACGAUAGGCUUUCUUUGAUUUACAGCUUCUGUCACCUAGUCUUAUCUUUUCAGUUUAUUACCUGAUUUUGAUGUUUGGAAAUGUUUUCAAGUGAAUGGGGUACUUUAAUCAAGUUACGUUUUGGGGGAAAGGUUCUGUCUUUGACCUUGACAUUGCAGCUGAAUUAGCCGGCCUCUUUGUUAUUUGUUUCUCUCCUAUUAUUGGUUGAUUAUAGUUAGAUUUGUCACUUGAAUAAUGCAAUACUUUCCGUGCUGUAUCGAUAUUCGUAAGAGCGCUUAAACUUUAACGACACAGUUUGCACCCUAAAAUAUUCACAGAUAAGCCACUGAAGUUCGCUUUUUAAGAGGUUAAAUUUGCUCGAGCUGUUUAGAAACAGGAAACACGAAAACCCUUUUAAAUAUUCCUGCUUUUUUAUCAGCCUGUUUUAACCCUGUUAUCCACACAGAACAAUAAACGUUAUUGUCACCCAAUUUAAGAUGGGUGAUUUCGAAAAUUCAAGACCUUUUAAAUAAAUAAUGGACCAAGUUUGCUACUAAUUGCUAUAUUGUUGCUUUAAAGUACCGACAACUCUCCCUGGCAGAAAAACCCGCUAGCGUCAAAGGAUUCUAGGUUAUAAUGUUGAUCAAGCGGUUACUUGUAUUCCCUUAAUGAUAAAGGAUGAAUAAACGGCUGUCGCUUUCUCUCUCUUUCCCUCGUCACCCAAGGUGUUAAAAAAUGUUUUUUGUGGUGUUUCGAGUAUCGACCAUAACGAUUGAGGAGAGGGACAAGGAAGUAUAGCAUUCCCCCUCAACCCUAAACCCGUCCACCCCGUCUCCUCGCCUUUUUGCGCCCUUUGUAACAGCAAUCUUUUUGCAGACUACUUUCCCGCUUUUUUUGCGUAGUCUGUCGUCUUAUCACGUGUAUCUCUUUUGUGUUUAGGUGGUUAACGUGCUGCAGUUAUCUGGACUAUGAAACGGUAGCUGGGGCCGAUAAAUUUGGCAACGUAUUCGUGGUGAGUACAUCGGGCGGCACUCGGUUGUUAUGAAUACGUGUUGUGACGUUUUAAGUGAAAGCCAAAAUGCGAUUGUUUUCCGCACCUUUUUUUAUUAUGAUGAUGGUAACAGUGAUGGUGCUACUGGUGCUGGUGCUGAUGCUGGUGCCAGGUAGUCUACAGUAUAACAGUCAUUUUCUAAAUGUUCUGUGCGUGAUUUGCUUGUAGAUUCGCCUUGGCGCCAACACGACUGACGAUAUUGAUGAAGAUCCUACUGGCACUAAAGCAUUUUGGGAUAGAGGACUUCUAAACGGCGCUCCGCAAAAGGUAAUGUGCUUUUACGUUGUUGUAUUGUUACGCACUACAUCACUGUUGUUGUCGGCCACCAGUCUUGCUCUCCACUCGAUUUGCGGAAGAUCCAUGGCUUUCGCCCUUUUGGUAUCAUAAGUAAAUCAAAGAUGAUAGACUGUAUCACCGAGUUCUUGGGUGCGGUUCUUAUUUUAGCUAGAGAUUUUGUUUUUCCUUCCGUUGUUCCAUUUCCUUUGAGGGCUUCUGCUGAGAUCGAGUUCGUGAUUUAAUUGUUAAGUCUCUACUGCUGGGCACGAGCUCAUGACUUAUAGCUGACUCACCCACACUACUCGUUGUUGUGCUAUCGUGUUUCCACACGGGGCUUCUACAGUCUAUAACCAAGCCUCUCUGCCUUGAACUGCCCUUACUUCUUCAUUGAAGGAGACUGCUACUUCUUUUUAAUCUAUGUUUAUUGUGCCCCUCUACCUCAUCCGUUGCCUUAUUGUAAAACCAACCUAAUUAAGGUCUGGCCGUGCGAAAUUUGUGCCUCUUUGCCCUGUUGUGACCUUAUGAUUUUGAUUAGUAUUGAUUAUUAUUAUUAUUUUUUACCCCCAGGUUGAAACUCUGUGUAAUUAUCAUGUGGGUGAAACAGUUCUGUCACUCCAAAAAGCCACUCUUAUUCCAGGCGGAUCAGAGUCUUUGGUGUACACAACAUUAUCCGGUGGUAUCGGCAUGCUGGUACCAUUCACGUCUCGAGAGGUGGGUAUCAGCUGUGACCAACUAUUGUACAUGGAUAAACAAUCUGAAUUUCUAUCAUUUGUUACAAUUUACUGUGGGAAAACCAGAGUUGAUAACCAUUUGAUCAUUUCCUAAACAAUGUUCCCACGAGUUGACGAUAGGCUUUCUUUGAUUUACAGCUUCUGUCACCUAGUCUUAUCUUUUCAGUUUAUUACCUGAUUUUGAUGUUUGGAAAUGUUUUCAAGUGAAUGGGGUACUUUAAUCAAGUUACGUUUUGGGGGAAAGGUUCUGUCUUUGACCUUGACAUUGCAGCUGAAUUAGCCGGCCUCUUUGUUAUUUGUUUCUCUCCUAUUAUUGGUUGAUUAUAGUUAGAUUUGUCACUUGAAUAAUGCAAUACUUUCCGUGCUGUAUCGAUAUUCGUAAGAGCGCUUAAACUUUAACGACACAGUUUGCACCCUAAAAUAUUCACAGAUAAGCCACUGAAGUUCGCUUUUUAAGAGGUUAAAUUUGCUCGAGCUGUUUAGAAACAGGAAACACGAAAACCCUUUUAAAUAUUCCUGCUUUUUUAUCAGCCUGUUUUAACCCUGUUAUCCACACAGAACAAUAAACGUUAUUGUCACCCAAUUUAAGAUGGGUGAUUUCGAAAAUUCAAGACCUUUUAAAUAAAUAAUGGACCAAGUUUGCUACUAAUUGCUAUAUUGUUGCUUUAAAGUACCGACAACUCUCCCUGGCAGAAAAACCCGCUAGCGUCAAAGGAUUCUAGGUUAUAAUGUUGAUCAAGCGGUUACUUGUAUUCCCUUAAUGAUAAAGGAUGAAUAAACGGCUGUCGCUUUCUCUCUCUUUCCCUCGUCACCCAAGGUGUUAAAAAAUGUUUUUUGUGGUGUUUCGAGUAUCGACCAUAACGAUUGAGGAGAGGGACAAGGAAGUAUAGCAUUCCCCCUCAACCCUAAACCCGUCCACCCCGUCUCCUCGCCUUUUUGCGCCCUUUGUAACAGCAAUCUUUUUGCAGACUACUUUCCCGCUUUUUUUGCGUAGUCUGUCGUCUUAUCACGUGUAUCUCUUUUGUGUUUAGGUGGUUAACGUGCUGCAGUUAUCUGGACUAUGAAACGGUAGCUGGGGCCGAUAAAUUUGGCAACGUAUUCGUGGUGAGUACAUCGGGCGGCACUCGGUUGUUAUGAAUACGUGUUGUGACGUUUUAAGUGAAAGCCAAAAUGCGAUUGUUUUCCGCACCUUUUUUUAUUAUGAUGAUGGUAACAGUGAUGGUGCUACUGGUGCUGGUGCUGAUGCUGGUGCCAGGUAGUCUACAGUAUAACAGUCAUUUUCUAAAUGUUCUGUGCGUGAUUUGCUUGUAGAUUCGCCUUGGCGCCAACACGACUGACGAUAUUGAUGAAGAUCCUACUGGCACUAAAGCAUUUUGGGAUAGAGGACUUCUAAACGGCGCUCCGCAAAAGGUAAUGUGCUUUUACGUUGUUGUAUUGUUACGCACUACAUCACUGUUGUUGUCGGCCACCAGUCUUGCUCUCCACUCGAUUUGCGGAAGAUCCAUGGCUUUCGCCCUUUUGGUAUCAUAAGUAAAUCAAAGAUGAUAGACUGUAUCACCGAGUUCUUGGGUGCGGUUCUUAUUUUAGCUAGAGAUUUUGUUUUUCCUUCCGUUGUUCCAUUUCCUUUGAGGGCUUCUGCUGAGAUCGAGUUCGUGAUUUAAUUGUUAAGUCUCUACUGCUGGGCACGAGCUCAUGACUUAUAGCUGACUCACCCACACUACUCGUUGUUGUGCUAUCGUGUUUCCACACGGGGCUUCUACAGUCUAUAACCAAGCCUCUCUGCCUUGAACUGCCCUUACUUCUUCAUUGAAGGAGACUGCUACUUCUUUUUAAUCUAUGUUUAUUGUGCCCCUCUACCUCAUCCGUUGCCUUAUUGUAAAACCAACCUAAUUAAGGUCUGGCCGUGCGAAAUUUGUGCCUCUUUGCCCUGUUGUGACCUUAUGAUUUUGAUUAGUAUUGAUUAUUAUUAUUAUUUUUUACCCCCAGGUUGAAACUCUGUGUAAUUAUCAUGUGGGUGAAACAGUUCUGUCACUCCAAAAAGCCACUCUUAUUCCAGGCGGAUCAGAGUCUUUGGUGUACACAACAUUAUCCGGUGGUAUCGGCAUGCUGGUACCAUUCACGUCUCGAGAGGUGGGUAUCAGCUGUGACCAACUUCCCUUUUCUCCUAGUAAUAUCGAUGCAUAAUUAAGAGAAAAGGUUAUGAGAAAUGAUAAAAGAAUCACCAAAGGGGAAAUGCCUUGAUCCGUUUUCAAGUUCUCUUUACUAAUUCUUUUAAAAAAUGUAUGGAGGUCAGUGUGGAGAAUUUGUAUGUGGAUAUCGGGGCUUAAAGAGUUUAGCGAUAUCAUUUCCUGUGUAACAUGCUACAGUUUACUUGGGUACCUUGCCUUCAACGUUAAUCACGUAUUGUUAAGAAUGAACUUUAGCCAAUCAGAAGGCUGGAAACAUCUGUGAUAUUUCAAGGCCCACACUCACCUUAGAUACAUUGUGCGUGGCCAUUUUGAGUGGCCUGGCAACUUUAGUAACAGUGCACAAUCUAACCUUUUCCCAACAAACAACAGCCCAUCAAGACAGAAUGAAGAUAGGCCGGCUAGUGUUCAGUGAUAGUUUUCCGGAUCACAGUCAUAAUGCUGCUAGUCUUAACUAAAUGUUAUGAGGCUAGUAUGGUCUCUGGUAAUUCCUUUCAUAAAGUGACCGAAAAGCGUUUUUUUAUUAUCUUUAUUUACUCUUAAAAUGUAUUUAAAAUCUUCAGAAGAUCGUCAGAGGUAUAGUCUAGUAAAGUACGUCAUAAUUAGCUGUUCAAUGCUUUCUCCUGUUUCUACUCUAUUCGAUUUGCUUUCCUGAGCUGCACGCUGAAGCCUAGCCAGACGGUCGCGGUGAUCACGUGUAUAUCACGUCAUUUUUGUUUGAUCAUUUCACAGGAUAUUGACUUUUUCCAGCAUCUUGAGAUGCAUUUACGCGCGGAACAGCCGUCUCUUUGUGGCAGAGAUCACUUGUCCUAUAGAUCAUACUACAUGCCAGUGAAGGUUUGCAUCCUCAUUUCGCGGAGUUACCUCCUACUGACUAUCUGCUACACUGAAACCGGUGUUCAGUGGACAGUGCGCAAUCGAAAUAUUCUUUACUAGCAACUAAAUAGGGUAGAGGGAAUCUGCAAAGAUGUGAAGCAAAUUUGCAAGUUUACUUGUUUAAAAUACUGUAGCACAUUUAGUGUAUUUGUCACUUUUUGUGAUUUCUGCCGCUGACCUGAACACCCCUGUUGCUCUCAGCCGGAGUGCGCCUCUUUGAAUUCCUAGAGAAAGACUGCAGCAAGGCAAUGGACAGAGUUUAGGAGACAUAGAAAUACACUUAUUUUCCACAGAGCUGCAAUGUUAUUGUACAGUAGCGCAUGAAAAGAGUACAACUAUCCCUCUAUGGUUUAUUUCAGUAGUUUGUUAUUUUUACAGUAAGGUGUUUGUGUAAUGCAAAACUAGUUUGACACUUCUCCGUGCUGAAGUCGAAUUUUUUGGUCCAAAAAAAAAUCGUAACCCGUAAUUUUCAUUUUCAAAUUUGAACGGUCUGCUGUGUACAUAGCUUGAAAUUGAUGCAUUUUGUGUUCCAGAGUGUGAUCGAUGGAGAUUUGUGCGAGUAUUUUAACUCACUCGACUCCUCUAAGCGACGUAGUAUCGCCGAAGAACUGGAUCGAACCCCAGCGGAGGUGAAUUUUUUUAUUUGUUCUUUUUUUUUUCUUCUAUAAUUUUUAAUCUGCAGACAUCAUUUUGGUAGCCAUAUACUAGUUCAGCAUGACGAAACAGCACUUUUUAUCUCUUAGAAGAGCCGCAGUGCAGGAAAAUAUUCUCUUCCUCCUUUAUUCGCUCUUCCGGUGAUUUCUAUUAAAUGAUUACUGCAGAACUCACAGAUUACGGGCGGGUGGAAGGUCUUGUCUUGCGGAAAUUAUUAUUAUUGUUCUGUUUAUCGGAAACCCUGGAUACGCUAGUUAUGCAGAUUGACUUUGACUUUGUUACCGUAAAAUUCCGAAAAUAGCCCCGGGACUUAUAUUUUUCAAAGGCCCUUUUUGAGGGGCCUUUUUUUUGGAGGGGCUUAUCUAUGGAUGCAAAUUUGCGUCUCAAAAUCGAUUGGGCUAGCCUUAUAGUUCGAAGUAAAUUUACCGUUUUUGCUUUGUUAUACUUUGUAUUUGAAGGCAAUUUUCCAAUUUCAAGCCCCCAUGGGCUUAUAUUUGGAGGGGCGGUUUAACGGAGGGUUUUUUACGUUACCGGUUUGGGGGGCUUAUAUUUGGAGGGGCUUAUACAUGGAGGGGCUUAUUUUCGGAAUUUUACGGUAACAAUUCACCCACGUUUUUCACCUACAGGUUUCCAAGAAAUUGGAGGAUAUCAGAACGCGAUAUGCUUUUUAGAAAAACAAGAGGACCACAGACACUCUACAAAAGAAGAGACACUUUACCUCCCGUUUAUUGAACACCCUCUAGUCUAGGAAUUCAUUGCCGUCUGAUUUAAGAAAUUGUUUUCCUUUGUUUGCGGAUAUUACGUCUUAUUUGAUGACAACCCACAUACACAGAUCAAGCAGUCUUGAUACCUAUCCUUCUGUAAAAAUGUUGCAGUCUUUUAGAUUGUAGAUACAUAAGUUGCUACUGAAUCUGCGAAAGAGCCGCACCGCUGGUACCCCUGCAGGGGAAGAGGCAAGGGAGGACCUCCUCCCCCUUGGGAUGGCGGUAGAACCGUACAUGGUCCUCGAAUCAUUUUGUAAAAAAAUCCAACCGACCUUUCUUUCCUCGCCGUCUCAGGAAAUAUUGCUUUCAUAACUUAACUCUGCUAGAAACAAGUUUGUUUUAUGAGUAUUUAAGUUUCUUAAUGUAUAUAAAAUGUAGAUUAGCUGACUUAAUUGUUUCGUUCGUUGUAAGGAUUACCUUUUUUACUCGUUAUGACCUCUUAGCUUUUUUGUGGGAGCAGGAUUAUUUGCAACAAACUCCUUCUUCGUAGCCACCCAAAAGGUUUGUCAGCAAAACUUUUUCUUCGUUUUUUUUUU